AUGGCACCGGCUAAGAUCAAGGCUGUGUUCGUGGACCUGGAUGGCACUCUGUUCAACUCGCACCACUUCAUUAGCCUCCGCACCGCCACUGUGAUUCAGGCACUCAAGGAGCGGGGGGUCGCCUUCAUUGUAGCCACAGGACGUCCAUUUCCUGACGUGUUUGGCAACCUCGCCAAGGCGAAUUUGAGUCCGGAUUUCAUCAUUACCAGCAAUGGGGCACGCAUCCACGACGCCCGGCAGAACACCCUCUUUGCGGGGGACAUCAACACUGAGAGCGUCUGCCGACUCUUUCAGCUGUCGCCGCACCUCACGGAUGAGGGAGUGGUCGAUCCAGCAGUGCAGGCGCGACACAUCUUGUUUAACAUCAACUGUAGGGAUCGAUGGUUCACCAACGAGUGUGUUGCAGAAGUCCGUGCAGCCUUUCACCCCUCAUUCAUCUACGAGCAGGUUGACCCAAUGACACAGACCACCGAGACACUCAAGGGCACGCACAGCAUGUGGAUCCGCGGCGCGCAUGCGGAUCUAGUGUGCGUGAAGAAGUACGUGGACCGUGAACUUUCCCACGAGGUCACCUGUACCUUUGCAUUACCUCAUAUCCUCGACUGUUUUGCCAAGGGUAUCAACAAGGGCGUCGCGAUGCGCACGGUGUGCACGCACAUUGGCAUCGCUCUUAGCGAGACCAUCGCGUUCGGCGAUGGCAUGAAUGAUAUUCAAAUGCUGGUAGAAGCAGGGAAGGGUUUUGUUAUGGGGAAUGCGGCAGAAAUGGUGAAGCAAGCCGCACCGGAGCUCCCCGUUAUUCCGUCAAACAACGAGGAAGGCGUCGCGUGGCAACUCGAGGAGCUGCUGGUGGCAGAUGCCUUCGUCGAGUGUUCGCGGAAUAACGAGGCAGCGGUGUCUCAACCGGUUUGA